AUGGGUACUAAAGUAUCGCGUAACGAUUUUGAAUGGGUUUACACCGACCAACCGCACGGAGAUCGAAGAAGAGCAAUGCUUAAGAAGUAUCCUCAAAUCAAGAAGCUAUUCUGUAUCGACGCACACUUCAAAUACGUGGUGGCAGCCAUGGUAGCCGCGCAAGUUAUAGCGUGUUACUUUGUGAAGGACAUGAGCUGGCCAUGGAUAUUGGCCCUUGCUUAUUUCUUUGGUGGUACCAUUAAUCAUUCACUUACACUUGCUAUCCAUGAUAUAUCCCAUAACACUGCAUAUGGCUACCAGCAUGCCAAGUGGAAUAGAUAUUUCGGCAUGUUUGCCAAUUUACCAAUUGGUGUGCCUAUGUCAAUCAGUUUUAAAAAAUAUCACAUUGAUCAUCAUAGAUAUCUAGGUGGAGAUGUACUGGAUGUUGAUCUGCCGACACCAAUAGAAGGAUAUUUAUUCCGGAACAGUUUUUUGAAACUAAUUUGGUUAAUUUUGAACCCACUUUUCUACGUACUGAGACCAUUAGCUGUAAAUCCCAAACCACUGACAGUACUGGAGCUUCACAAUGCUGUUAUUCAAGUUAUAUUCGAUGGACUCAUAAUGUACUUCUUUGGGUAUAAAGCUGUACUUUAUCUGGUAGUUGGCACUUUGAUUUCAAUGGGAAUCCACCCUAUUACCGGGCACUUUAUUUCAGAGCAUUACAUGUACACAAAAGGCCAUGAAACUUAUUCUUAUUAUGGAAUUUUGAAUCUUAUAACAUUUAAUGUAGGAUAUCAUAUGGAGCAUCAUGAUUUUCCUGCCAUUCCCAGUUCAAAGUUGCCGCUGAUGAAAAAAAUUGCUCCCGAUUUUUACGAUGACUUGCCAAGCUAUACUUCAUGGUGCAAGGUGCUGUGGGACUUUGUUUUUGAUCCAGCUAUUGGACCCUUUGCCAGGGUAAGAAGAGAAAUUGAGUUAGAGCAAUCGAAGAUGCAACUGUCAAAUGGUAAUAGGCAUGCAAAUGGAGUUAUAGGCUCAGAAGUAACCAAGACACACCUAUCAAAUGGAAAUGGUCAUUCAAAUGGUGUUUUAAGCAAUGGAAAAAUGUUGAAUGGUUACCACCAGAAUGGUGUUCUAUCAAAUGGUGAUUCAGCCGAAUAA